AUGAAGUCGAAAACGGCGCUAGCGGAGACCAACACUCCACGCUUCAACCCUCCGACUCCAAAGUACAAAAUUACAAUCACCCUUCACCACAAGUCAGAGACAUUUGAUAUCGCACACCACGACUGCUGGGACAAGAUGGACGACCUCGUGACAACGAUGGCUAAUCUUCGACUGGAGCACAGCAUACCGACGAGCUUCCGUAUCUUAGAUCUCCCCCGUGAGCUUCGCGACAUGGUGUACGAGCUCUGCCUUUCGCGCGGGAAGGUGUUCCUUCCUCUAAACCGCUACAACCCUUCCGAUAUGCGACAUCUCGACUAUCAAGACACCCCGAAGCCAGAGUGGCAGCUGCUCUCAGUCAAUCGACAGAUGCGCCAAGAGGCUGCCAAAACGCUCUUCGCCCACAAUCAGAUUGUUCUUGCGCCCGACACCAACCAACUCCUCCUCGACAACGGCGGAGGCCCUCCCGAGGAGCACAGCAUCAAGAUUCGCGAUCUGGCUAAGCACUACCUCGCGAGUAUCAGUGUCGCCUGGGCCAUGGAGAACUACCUCGACAAGUCAGUUCCAAUGAGUCGGUAUUUGUGGCACGACCGCGUUCCCACCCACUCGGCGGACGAGCGCAUUCUUGCAACCCAUAACGACAGCAAGACAUACACCGGGGGCUGGCGUCGAGAGUUCGCAAUGACACUGACGUCCAAUGUGCGGUACAUUCAACUCGACGUUACCGACUGCUAUUGCAUUCUCGGCUGCUGCCGAAUGAUCGAGCAGAUGAGCAAUACUGUGGAUCACACAAAGUCUGCUUUUGGCGCGGACCUUGUGUAUCCAGACACGCUGGAAGUGAUCGAGGUCACUGGCACCAAGACCCAGGCGGAGCGUCGUUCCAUCGCAGAAGCCCUUGCUCGUGGCUUGUGGAAGCAGGCCCCGGCGGGUGGGCCUUAUAAAAAGUUGACACUGCGGUUCAGAAAGUUUGUACUUUCUGAGGAUUCUGAGGUGCGAGCGGUGAUGGAGUAUGGCCUGGAGGAGAUGGAAGACCAGGAUGUGGAUAUGAAGAUCGAGGCUGAGAAUCUGGAGCGCGACAUUGCAGAGCUGGAACGUUAUGCGCCAGACCUUUCACAACAACAUGCAGAAGACUCUAGCGAUGACUGA